ACUCCGCACGAGAAGAGUCAUAUCGGUCCCCUUGUGUACAAUGUGAUGAACGAUGCAGCCGACCUGUUGAAAGGUGUAACUAAGGAAGGAGCGCGUGGCGAGUACAUUCGCAUCGUGACACAGCUGUGGGAGAAUUCCGAUGAGAACGGUGAGGCGCGGCCGUACAGACGAGGUACACUCGGUGAUGGUCGGGCAAUGUUCGCCGAGCGUCGGGAACAGCUGCAGGUCAGCGGCAGCGAUGCGUACAUUGUCGGCUCGACUUCAAGCAACACUGGUGAAAAGUUUCUCCACGAGGAGAUUGACGAUGGCGUGCAGAUGAUUUGGUUCAAUCACACGGUCCGUGACAACUCUCUCACGCUGGACAUGCUACGCACACUACCCAGGCUGCUACAGAAGGCCGCCGACGAUGAGGAUGUGUUUGCCACCGUGUUGACCGGCGAGGGAGAGACAUUCUGCACUGGUCUGGACAAAGACAUGCUGGCAAGUGUCUUGCAGAAACCCGGGGAGAGCAAAGCGGACUGGGAGGCCAGGAUGUUCGAAUACAGAACGGCUAUUGAGGAGUAUGUUGCAAGCUUCAUCACGUGCAGCAAGCCACUAAUCGCCGCAGUCAAUGGUUCAGCGGUGGGACUGGGAGCUACAACUCUUGCACUGUGUGACCUUGUGUUUGCAAGCACUAUGACCACACUACAUGUUCCUGACCAGCAGCUUGGCCUGAGUACACUGGGCUGUGCUUCAUACACAUUUCCCAGGAUGAUGGGCAAUUCAGUGGCUGCAGAUAUGUUGCUACGCGGUGCCAGACAUCUGGUACGGGAUUCACAGCGGCACGGCAUUGUGACGUUUGUCAUGGAUGACACUGAGGCGAGUCAUGUGUUGGAGCGAGUUCUCUACCUCAUGUCCACACUGCCAAUGCAGCCUGGCCUCAGUGGGCCAGGCAGCAGACAAGGAGAAUCAUCAGAUCAAACUCACAAGUAG